UUUAAAAAAAAAAACAAAGAAAAAACAAAAAGACUCGUAACCUGUAAAGAAAAAGCUGUAUGAAUUUGCAAAUAUACUGAUAAAACAUGUUCCCAUUCCAUCAACAUAUAUUUACACAGAGAAACAUACUCAUAGUCAGUUUUCACUUGUUUCCAUGGAGAAGUACUCGGUAAUAUUUCUCAUAACCAUCCUUCAGUCAGCCUUUUUUGUUGCAUCAGAGCAGCCUGCAUACAUUCCAACAGAUGAUAUCACCCUGAAUUGUGGAGCUACAACCGACUUAGUAGCUAAUGAUGGCAGAUCUUGGGCAGAAGACAACAACUCAAAAUUUGGACCUUUCGAAUCAUCCCACAACAAAUCGCAAGCCUACGAAGCUGAUACUCAAGACGGUUCCGAAACCGUGCCUUAUAUGACGGCCCGAGUUUCCCGUUCCGAAUUCAAGUACACUUUCCCUGUUACUCCAGGCCAGAAAUUCGUUCGUCUCUACUUCCAUCCAGCGUCCUAUAAAGAAUACGACAGAUCCAAGGCCUUUUUCUCUGUCAAAGCUGGUUCUUUCACUUUGCUAAAAAAUUUCAGUGCUUCCCUUGUUGCCGAUUCAAAGCGGAGAUAUUCGUUUUCCAGAGAAUUCUGUUUGAACGUGGAAGAUAAUGAGGUGUUGGACCUUGUUUUCACUCCAUCUCGUAGUGCUUCAAACGAUACUUACGCUUUCAUCAAUGGAAUCGAGAUCGUGUCGAUGCCUACCAAUCUUUACUACACACCGCCUGACUCAACGUAUGUUCCUUUCGUUGGUCAGAAUUAUCAAUUCCUCGUUGAGAAUGACACCGCACUUGAGAUGGCGUAUCGAUUGAAUGGGGGCCAAUACAUUUCACCCAACAAUGAUACUGGCCUUUUCAGGCUUUGGUCCGAUGACUUUGAUUACAUGACAAAAAAUAGCUAUGUCACUGUCAACACCUCCGUGCCAAUCAACUACACAAUGAUUCCGAGAUAUACGGCUCCGGAGAUGGUUUAUCGGACUGCACGGACAAUGGGGCCAAGUCUUGCGUACAACGAGAAGCAUAACUUAUCAUGGAGAUUGCCCGUGGGUUCGGGAUUCAGGUAUAUGGUGAGGCUUCAUUUCUGUGAACCACAAGAUCCGGUAAACUCUCCAGGAGACCGGAAGUUUAAGGUCUUUAUAAACAGUCAGACGGCUGAACAAAACGCUGAUGUGAUUAUGUGGACUGUGCAAGGCAGGGUUCCGAUAUUUAAGGAUUAUGUCGUGUUAGUAUCAAAGGAGUACAUCACCAUUCGUGCAAAGUACUAUGAUGUUAUCUUAAAUGGGAUUGAAGUGUUCAAAUUAAGCAACUCUGAUGGCAAUUUGGGCGAACCAAACCCAGAACUACAGGUGGCUCCACCACCACCUUCGGAUUCGUCCAAUUCUGCAGGUGCAAAAUCCAAGAAGAGAAGCUCGCUAAUUGCUUGUGUUGGAUGUGCGGCUGGUUUGAUUGCCAUAAUUUCUUUAUUGGUUUGCAUGGUUGUUCGGCGGCAAAGAAAGGGAACAAGUUGGCUUUGCUGGUGGGUAAAACAAAACGAAGGGAAAUCCACAAGGACCUUACUGUUACCAGAUGAACUAUGCCGCCAUUUUUCACUGGAUGAGAUCAAAGCUGCUACCAACAAUUUCCAUGAUGAUUUAGUUGUUGGGAAAGGUGGGUUUGGGAAAGUAUACAAAGGUAUCAUGGAUGAAGGUGAAAAGAUAGUUGCAAUCAAGCGCCUGAAUCGAGAAUCCAGUCAAGGUAUUCGAGAGUUCUUAACAGAGAUUGAGAUGUUGUCUCAGCUCCGCCAUGUUCAUUUGGUGUCCUUAAUCGGAUACUGCAAUGAGAAACGAGAGAUGAUUCUGGUGUAUGAUUUUAUGCGUAAUGGGACUCUCUCGGAUCAUCUUUACGGUACUAGCUUUGCCUAUGAUCCUCUCACAUGGAAGCAAAGGCUUGAGAUUUGCAAGGGAGCUGCAACUGGAUUGAACUAUCUUCAUACAGAAGUGAGGCAUACUGUUAUCCACCGUGAUGUCAAGACAAGCAACAUUCUCCUAGAUGAUAAGUUUAUUGCCAAGGUUUCGGAUUUUGGGUUGUCGAAAGAAGACCCCAAAGACAAGGUGAUCAUAACUGGAAUAAAGGGCACCCGCGGUUACAUGGACCCGGAGUAUGCUCGGGGUCAUAAAUUAACCGAAAAAUCAGAUGUAUAUGCAUUUGGUGUUGUGUUAUUUGAAGUCCUAUAUGCAAGAAAAGCUGUGAAUACGAAAUUGCCCGAAGCUCAAAUGAGCCUGGCACAUUGGGCAAAACAGUGCAUUGCAGAUGGGACACUGUACAAGGUUAUUGAUCCAUAUUUGAUUGGAAAGAUAGCUCCAGAGUGUUUUAAGGUGUUUGUCGAAAUUGCAGAAAGUUGCAUAGCAGAGGUGGGAACCGGUAGGCCAUCAAUGAAUGAUGUGAUGGAAAGGUUGGGGUUUGCUAUAGAGUUGCAACAGGCUGCUGAUGCCGAGAUGUCGAAGACGGAUUCCGCAAGUGAAUGUAGAUACCCGGAUAUAGUGUUCCCAGUUGCUCGCGACGUGGACUUCGACGAUGAAUCAGAAGUGGAUUCGGAGUUGGAUUCAAAUGUAUGCAGAGUAGGGUUAUUAGAUUCAGAUACUAAUGGACUGAGUCAUCCUACUAUUGAUUCAAGCACAUCAGUGGACACCUUCUCCAGCACCACCAACAACAUAAAAAGCAUAGGAAAUUAGAAAAUCAAAAUUGGAGACUUCACGCAGCCAAAAGGCUAUAUCCCUUAAUUUCUUUUCUUUUUGCUAAUUAGUAAAUUAGGUUUGUUGAACUAGUUUCAUGCUUUAGUCUUCGGGAUCUCUAUUAAGGGUUUGUUUCGAUGUAUUAGCAAUGUGUAAAUUGGUGUUUGUUUCAAUGCAGGAAGACUAAAUGUAAUUUGCUUUUGUUCGUCUC